AUGGCUGACGUAGAUGAUCUUCUCGCUGAGGAAGCCGCUGAACUAGAUGGAUACUUUUCCGAUGCUCCUUUGGAUCCUCAACCCAAUUACCCACCUCUAAAGACGUCCUUUGAUACGUCCAUCAUUAUUACCAAUCUUCCCAGGGUUCCCCAAGCCAAAUUGGACAAGCUGACAAAGGUUGUCAUCAAACUGGUAUCGAGAAUUGGAGCGUUGGCCACCACAGACGAUUUUAUUGGAGUCAGCAUGCCUUUUGAUGAAUCCAAGGGCACUACUUUGGGAUUUUGUUUUGUGGACUAUGAGGCUCCUGAAGAUGCCAAGAACGCUUUGGGUGUCCUCGAUGGAUACAAAUUUGACAAGAACCACACCAUUUCUGUGUCUCCCUACGCUAUUGCAGAAAAGCUGAAAGACUUGCAAGAGACUGAGGAGUUUGUGGAACCGGAACCAGCUCCGUUUGUGGAAAACCCCAAUGCCACGUCGUGGUUGGAAGAUGCCAGUCAAAGAGAUCAAUUUGUCAUUCGGCAAGCAGACGAGACUGUUGUUUCGUGGUUUGAUGCCAAAAAUGAACCGAUUAUUGAUUACGAUGGAUCUCGCGAAAAGGAAGCUGGAGUUGCCUGGUGUGCAUACUAUUGCCAUUGGUCUCCCAAGGGAUCGUACUUGGCUACUUUGGUUCCCCAACGUGGUGUCAUUUUGUGGAGCGGAUCUUCCUACGAAAAGACUGGACGAUUUGUGGCUCCAGAUGUGAAGACUAUCCUAUUCAGUCCUCAAGAAGACUAUCUGCUCACCAAUAACAUGAGACAGGACGAUCAACAAGCCAUCAAGGUCUAUCACAUUCAAUCCGGAAAGCUACUGCGCGCCUUUCCCUUGUACCCUGCCGACUUUCCAGAAGUUGAAGACAUUCCACCGCCAGCAUUCCUAUGGUCUCACGAUGGCAAAUACCUUGCACGCAUGGGCACGAAUUUGAUUUCCAUCUACGCCACACCUUCCAUGAAAUUGCUCGACAAAAAGUCUCUCCUUUCCGAAGGCAUCCACGAAUUUCAAUGGUCGCCCAAGGCCAACGUCAUUGCUUGCUGGGCUCCCGAACAAGCCAACUCUCCAGCACACGUGGACCUCAUCGAAAUUCCUUCCCGGAAAAAGCUUCGACAAAAGAAUCUUUUCAAUGUUACCAAAUGUAACAUGGUCUGGCAAGAAGGCGGAGAAUACUUGGCUGUCAAGGUUACAAGACACACCAAAUCCAAAAAGACCUUUUACAAUAAUAUUGAACUCUUUCGUCUCAAUGAACCCGGCGUUCCCGUGGAAAUGUUGGACGUUAAGGAUGCGGUCAUGGCUCUGGCGUUUGAGCCUCGGGGAUCGCGAUUUGCCAUGAUUCAUGCCGAGAAUCCAUCUGCAGCCAAGGUCUCGGUCAGUUUCUAUGAUAUGAAUAAGAAAACGGAACAAAUUACCGUUUCCAAAAAGGGAGCCAAGAAGGGACAAAAGCAGAGUCAGAUUGUCACGGUCAAGGAAUUGAACAAGAUUCGUACUCUGGAAGGAAAGCAAUGUAACUUUAUCUUUUGGAGUCCAGCUGGAGGAACCAUCUUGUUGGCCUCUUUGGGAGACUCUGCUUCAGGAACCCUGGAGUUUUACGAUGUCGAUAACAAGAGCUUGGUCAUCAAGGAGCAUUACCGUGCCAACCAAGUCUUGUGGGAUCCCGAUGGUCGAUCUGUUGCCACUUGCGUCUCCCAACCAGUCGGUGGAGGUCACUUUAAGUUUGCCAUGGACAAUGGAUACAUUCUAUGGAGUUUCCAAGGAAAACAAUUGCACCAAGAGUCCUUUGAAACCUUUUAUCAAUUCUUGUGGCGUCCCCGCGAACGUUUGUUGUCCAAAAAGGAAACCAACAAUGUCCGACGAAACCUCAAGAAAUACGAAAAGCAAUUCGAAAAGGCCGACAAGGAACGUCAACGUGCCUUGUAUUUGGAAGAAACCAAAGGCAAACGGUUCGAACGCAAAAAGUACCGCGAUUUGCUAUCGGACUUGCGAGCAUUGCGAAAGACUCAACGGACCAGACGCACCGAACUCCAAGAUGGAUACGAUUCUACCGACGAUUCCAAUUACGUGCUCAACGAAGUUACUGUGGAAACCAUCUUGUCUACUGAGGAACAAGUGGUGGUCAUGUAA